ACUCAAUCCGUAGGCCCAGUACUAUACAUACAAUGGUGGAAUAAGGCCCCAGAUUCAUUACACUUGUAGUAUAAAUACCAGGUCUUUCUCUGCUUCUAAACUCCCCAAGAGGCUCUCCAGCAGAACAAUAUAACGUCCAGAUUUCUCAAAGAUGGGUAAACUCUCGAUCCUUCUCGUCCCCGGUUCGUUCUCCCUUCCUGAGUUCUACAAUCAGACCCUGGAACCCGUGACCGCCAAAGGCAACGAGAUCAAAGGCUUGCAUCUUCCCACUGUAGGCCUGAAAGCCCGUGAAGGCCGGCCGGGACCGGCGCCAACUAUGUAUGACGAUGCCGCUUUCAUAGACAAGGCGGUCGAGGAACUCGCAGAUCAGGGCAAAGACGUGAUCGUCAUCGGCCAUUCGUACGGAGGCGUUCCGGUAUCUCAGUGCGGCAAGGGAUUGAGCAUCAAGGAGCGACAACAGCAGGGAAAGUCAGGAGGACUAGUGAGGCUCGGAUACGUGACUUGCCUUGUACCGCCAGUCGGAGGAACCGCAGUCAGCGUGCUGUCAAAGGCACCGAGUGAGAAUCAGGUGGAAAUGCAGACUGAUGAGCGAGGUUGGAUGCUGCAGUCCCAACCAGAUAAAACGGCGGCGACUAUCCUGCAGACAAUACCUGCAGAGGAAGGCACGGCCAUUGUUUGGAAAUUCCCCAAGCACUCGGCUGUCAGCUUCAUCAAUGAGUUGACGUAUCCGGGUUACAAGCAUGUUCCGGUCUCAUACCUGGUCUGCGAGGAGGAUUUGUGCAUCCCACCGUUUCUCCAAAGAGAAGGUAUUAAGAUCAUCGAAAAGGAGAGUGGAAGGAAAGUAGACGUUACCAGUAUCAAGGCGGACCAUUGCCCGAAUUGGUCGGCGACGCAGGCCGUGGUCGAUUGGAUUGUGGAUGUGGCUGAAAAGGCCCAGAAAGACACGGUGUAGCAUAGAUAGCAGAAACUUGAUACCGUGGAAGCAAAAGACUCGAACCAACGCUCUGGAUCUUCGGCCUGCCUUGCGAUCGCGUCCAACACUUGGGCGCCAUCAAAAAGGGGCAUCAACCAGACUCACGUCCCAAGCUUUUUGUGGUUUCUCAGGCCUCCCAGGCUGUUGCUGUGCUGUAGGACAGAGCACAGCCUGCGCAACGACAACAUGCAAUGUACCGAC